AUGAAGUUGGUCUUUACUUCUUCUUAUGUUGUUGGUGUUAUUCUUUUUAUUAUUGAAGAUGAGUUUAUACACAAUCAUGUUAUUAAUGCAGCUGAAUCCUUAAGUUUUCGACCAAUCAAGGAAGAAGUUCGUAACAAAUUGUUAGAUCUUUUCAAAAAUGGUUAUUUACACUUUUCAGCAUUAUAUACUCUUAAAGAUGAACUUCAUCUUGGUACUAGAGAUGAGCAAGAAUUGGUAGAAUUACUUACAGAUCGAGCAACUAACCCUGAUUAUAAUUUGGUUUAUCAUAUUUUUCGACAAUAUUGCAAUAUUACACUUGAUGAGAUUAAGACAGAUUAUAAAAAUUCUGGUUCUUACUUAUGCAUUGCGUUUAACAAUUUUGCAGAACAAUAUCAUCAGGCUGCUCAUGUUAAAAGUAGUUCUAUGAUUUGUGUUCAAGUAGAAUCUAUUAAAAGGCAAAAAUCAGAAAGAUUUGGUAGUAGAAAGCAAAAAUUACCUGUUGUUAGUAAAGAAAAAGAAAAUUCUGAUCCUCAUAUUAUUCUUUUCUGA